UGCCUGAAACCACCACCUCCCCCUCCUCCCUUCUGAAAGAUCACCGACAAAAAGCCAGACUCUCUCUCUGCCGUCCAUCCCUCCCCUGCCGCCGCCGCCGUCGCCGCGUUAAUUUCCGGGAGAAGGCUGCGGAGCAAACUCCACGUUGCUGUGCCGAGGGCGCGAAGAAAUUUCAACUCGCGCCGCGCGUAGCGCAGUUUUUUGUUUGUUUGUACUUAUUAGAAAAAAAAAGAAAGAGCCGCCAAGUUCAUUGCGGCUUACUUUUGUAAAAUUAUUUUACGAGCAUUAUUUUUAUUAAAAAAAAAAAGAAAACAUGUCUCACUUUAUUUUGUAGUUUUGUAGCAAAAAAAAAAGAAAUCUUACGGACAAUAUUUGCUCUCAUCGGUGUGAUUCACACAAUCAUCAUCAUCAGCAGCAGCAGCAGCUGCAUCUUCCUCCGUCAUCGCUCUGCCCCGUCCGAGCUCGCCGCUUCCCUGCCGUCGAAAUUCCCGAGCAUGGAGGAGCUCACCGCCUUCGUCUCAAAGUCAUUCGAGGGCAAAGUGAAGGACCGCAAGGACGGAAUUACUUACCGCGAAGUCCUCGAGAGCGGCUCGCUUCGCGCUCGGAGCGGCAUGGCCACGGACGAAAUUGUAGCGACCGCUGCCGCCGCCGCUGCUGCCGCUGCUGCGGCGAGGGAAGAUGCGAUGGCGGGGUCCCUGUCGGCAGGCUUGGCUCCGCGGCUGCCAAUGCUGCCCCGCCCGCCCAGCAGCAAGGAGUUAGGGCUGGACGGAGACAGCGAGAGGGAGGACAGCGACUUCGGUGUCUCCAAGGGCCGAGACGACUCGAAGGAGCGGCGGGAGGAGUCGAGAGCCGAGGAGGAGGAGGGCCAAGCGAAGCUCAAGCAGCGCCGCAGUCGCACCAACUUCACCCUGGAGCAGCUCAAUGAGCUGGAACGUCUAUUCGACGAGACGCACUACCCCGACGCGUUCAUGCGGGAGGAGCUGAGCCAGAGGCUCGGACUGUCCGAAGCUCGAGUGCAGGUCUGGUUCCAGAACAGGCGCGCCAAGUGCAGGAAACAGGAGAAUCAAAUGCAUAAAGGAGUCCUGAUCGGCACCACGAGUCACCUGGAGGCGUGCCGCGUGGCCCCCUACGUUAACAUGGGCGCUCUGAGAAUGCCCUUCCAACAGCGUGACCUCAUCGCUGUUGUCGCCCUCGUCGGUGGCGCGACCGGCUUCGGGGAGCCUCUCAAGUUGGGCUGUCAGCAGGAGGAGGUCACCAUCCCACCCGUCUCCGUUGCCAUGGCCAAGGCUGAAGAGAAGGUGGGCUCCAGGAGCAGCGUGCAAUGGAGUGCGCUGCCCACAUCGGACAGCAUUGCCAUCGCCAGCAGUAAAACCCCACGAGAAAUCUUGAAGCUCUUUGGGGAUUUCCUGACCCCCACCGAGAGAAGCGAGGUCCUCAACGUGAAUAACGUCUGGUAUUUCGGAGUCCAUAACAAAGGCUUUGGCACUCAAAACCAUGGCUACGAUGAUGUCUUCAACCAUUAUGUCUCGGUCGAGCAUGAGCAUCUCCAUUUCCGAUAUGAGGUGCUGAAGAAGGUGGUCGGACCUUACAGCCAGAUCUUCAAAUGCCGUGACCACAAGACCAACACCCGAGUGGCUGUGAAGAUGUGGAGACAGUCAUUCAGUGCCGAGGAAGACCACAGCCAGUGGAUGGAGUACCACAUCUUGCUCCAACUUCAGGGCUGGGCCAAUGAUGAUGUCAACGUUGACAGAAUCCUCGACUUUUUCACCUUCAGGGGUCACAACUGCCUCGUCAUGCAGCUCAUACCGAAGUACGUACCCUGCUGUCUGAGCAGAGACAUGUAAAGCUGGCUGCUCCACUCCAUUUUCUUCUCCAGCCUUGCUAAUUUUUCGAUAGCCACACCGACAACCGUCAGUGUGACGGCAGU